AUGGAGCCGACUAUAGAGAGACAAACGAGUCAUCCUACAGCGAUCAACUUAAUUCCCGUUUCUGUACCCGACGAACUCGCUAUACCGAAUGAAAAAGAAUUUGAUUCCCAGGACGAAACUUCACCACCCGAGCUGAAAUACGAACUUGUCACCUGGAAUGGCAAUGAUGAUCCCGAAAAUCCCCAGAACUGGCCAGAACAUAGCAAGAUCCUUCGCUCCUCGGCACCAUUAUCUAUUGUCUUCUGUAUAGCGUUUGCAUCGUCCAUCUUUGGCUCCUCAGCUAGUGUCACGGCUAGCGAGUAUGGUGUUUCAGUGGAAAUCAUGAGCUUAGGUGUUGCACUAUUCAUUGCCGGAUUCGCAGUUGGCCCUUUGCUCUUUGCGCCCAUGGCAGAGCUUAUGGGGAGCGCAGUUGUACUAGUUGUGUCACUGAUAGGCUGCGCAAUUUUCCAGAUCCCACUCGCCUUGGCUCGAAACGUUGCCACGAUUUUGAUAUGUCGAUUUCUGGCAGGCACAUUCGGGGCUGGAGGGCUAGCCGUUGGAUCAGGCAUAUUGGCAGAUGUAUUUGGACCGAUAACUCGAGGCGCAGCCGUAGGAGUGGCUGCAACAACUAUGAAUUUCGGAUCCAUAGUCGGUCCUAUUGCAGGUGCUUUUAUAGUUGAUCAGAUUGGUUGGCGUUGGACAGCAUGGGUGACACUGAUGUUAUUCGGAGCUGUGUCUAUCCUGUGCAUAUUCUUACUGAAGGAAUCCUCACACAACCGGAUCCUCAUGCAGCGCGCAGCCCGUUUACGCCGUGAGACUGGAAAUAAUAAUCUGCGUGCUAGUGCCGAGAUGAUCUCGCAAGACCCGGUUGUACUUUUCCAGAAAUACUUCACAAAGCCUGUGCGUAUGUUUUGUCAGGAGCCUAUCUUGAUCGUGAUCACGAUCUACUUGACACUUGUGUACGGAUCGCUGUAUCUCUCGUACCAACUAUUCCCCAAGGCAUUCGAGAAGAGAGGCUGGAGUACAUCUAUUGCAUCGUUACCUUUCAUUGCUGUCGGACUUGGCUUGUUAUCUGCAUGUGGCAUUUUCGCACUUUUCACUAUGACCUGGUAUAAACGGCGGUGGGUAGCAGCGCAUCGAUCAAUUGGCGAGGAAUCAGAGAAGUCUGAGCCAGGGAUCGGCAUUCAACCUGAAGAUAGGCUACCACCUAUGAUUCUGGGAGCCGUAUUACUACCUCCGUCUUUGAUCUGGUUCGGUUGGAGCGGUGGCGCACCCUGGAUAGUACAGGUCAUUCCCUGCUUCUUCAUCGGGUUCUCAUUACAGAUCAUUUUCGUAUCUGGGAUUGUGUACAUUGUCGAUGUGUACCUGACCAAUACCGUGUCGGCGAUUAGCAUUCAUGUUAUGGUGCGCAGUCUGGUGAGUGCUACAUUUCCAAUGUUUGAAGGGCCGAUGUAUGAUACAUUGAACAUUGAUUAUUCGGCGACUCUGCUCGCUGGAUUGUCGGCUUUGAUCAUGGUGUCUCCCAUCUUGUUGCGAAUAUACGGACCUCGUAUUCGGAGUCUGAGUCGGUUUUCCGGAUAA